AUGCCCCGGGCAUCACCACUGCCAUGGUCGCCAUGGGGCCGGCCUGGUGUGAAGACCUUGGUCACUGCUGGGGUGUUUGUAACCAUGCUCUGGAACCUGAGGUGCUUCCUCAGCCCCUCCAAUGGCUCCAGAGAAGACUCCAAACACACAGAGCCACUGCUGGUGCUGGUGUGGGAAUGGCCCUCGAAGCAGGUCCCCAAUGUCAGUGGGGACGUGUGCCACGAGCUGUACGGCGUCACAGGCUGCUGGCUCACCACAGAGCGGCAGCUCCUGCACCAGGCCGAUGUGGUGGUGUUCCCCCAUGCCAGGCUUCAGCCUGGCCAGGACAGGCUGCCCAAGGAGAGACCACCAGGACAGAACUGGGUAUGGGUCUCCCUGGAGUCCCCCUCCAACAGUAGAGCUCUAGCAGGAUGGAACCAGACCUUCAACUGGGUGAUGACCUACAGGCAGGACUCAGACAUCUUUAUCCCCUAUGGCAAGCUUGUGCCCAACCGCUCGGCCACUAUGAACAUCCCUGCAAAGACCAACUUGGUAUCCUGGGUUAUCAGCAACUACCACAGGACUCAGAAAAGAGCUGAAGUCUACAAAAACCUCUCCAGGUACCUCCAUGUGAAUGUAUACGGGAAAGCAAACAACAAACCCCUCUGCAAGGACUGCCUCUUGCCAACGACAUCCAAGUCCAGGUUCUACCUGGCCUUCGAGAACUCCAUCCACCGGGACUACAUCACAGAGAAGCUCUGGAGGAACUCGCUGCUGGCCGGCACUGUGCCCGUGGUGCUGGGGCCACCCCGGGCCAACUAUGAGCAGUUCAUUCCUGCCGAUUCCUUCAUCCACGUUGAUGACUUCAACUCCCUGGAGGAGCUGGCCAUCUUCCUGAAGACCAUGAACUCCAGCCGCUACCAGCAGUUCUUUGCCUGGCAGAGGAGGUUCAGUGUGAAGCUCUACACUGACUGGAGGGAGCGGAUCUGCACCAUCUGCACCGCUUACCCCCACCUGCCCCGCGGCCACCUCUAUCCCGACCUGCAGAGCUGGUUCAACUCCUAGUGUGUGCCAGGACCAUUGGGAGGUAUCCAGGCAGAGGAUACAGGGGUGGGAGGUGUGUGGGGCACCCACCUGCAGACCAGGAUGUGGGGUAUGGAGAGAAGGGAGGACCACUCUUGUCCCAACCCAGCUGUUGCCACACUGGGACCUUGAGCAACUCCCCAUGACUUAAUUUUUCUGACCCAAUGUUGACCAUCUUGCCAGAGUGCUGGCAGGACCAGAGGGUGCUUUGG